UCCGGGGUAUUGCAAUGGAUGCGCCCAUGAAACAAAAAUUGUGCAAUACUGAAUGUUUAGAAAAGUUUUUAGUUAAACUAAAAGAUCUUAGAAAAACCCUACAAUGUACAAAGUCGGUUUAGUGAUAAGUAGAAUUGUUGGUUCAGUGCUAGUUGGAGGCUUGGCAGCAUAUUUAUAUUUAAGAUUUAAAGACACAGAAAAGUAUAAACCAUAUAAAAGGAAAAAGGAAAUAUUCCUUAUAGACACUGUUGAAGAUUACGAAAGUUUUAUAAAUACCGUCAGAAUUGAAAAGGUUUUAGGACUAGAUUGUGAAUGGGUGUCCUUCAGUGGUAAGAGGCGUCCUGUUGCUCUGUUACAAUUAGCAACACCACUUGGACAAUGUGCAUUGAUUCGUUUAGAUCGAAUGGACUCUUUUCCCAAAUCAUUGCAAGAUAUAUUAGCAGAUAAAAGCAUACUGAAAGUAGGGGUUGCAGUGAAAGAAGAUGGCAAAAAACUUCACCUGGAUUAUGGACUAGUAGUUGAAGGAUGUGUAGAUUUAAGACAUGUCCUUAAUAGAGUCAGAGGAAUAUACACCUGUCGUAGUAAAGGACUACAGGGUCAAGCUGAGAGUAUAUUAGGAGUAAUGUUAGAUAAAAGUAACCAUAUAAGAUGUGGAGACUGGGAAGCUGAUGAUUUAUCACAAGAACAGAUAGAGUAUGCAGCCAAUGAUGCAUUAGUAGGUGUAGAUAUAUUUAUGAACUUAGUCUUGGCCAAAAUGUGGGGCAAGAAACCAGAUAUAAAUAUAGAAGAUAUUUUCACAGCUGUUGAUGAAACCGAAUUUUGGACAUUUACAAGAUCUUUGAUACAAGGGACAGUAGAUGUUAAUGUUGGGGGACCAUGGAAUUCUAAAAAUCCUGCUUAUAAAGGACCACAACUAACAAAUGAUGAAGAGAUAUCUGCAAAAGAUAAAGAAACUAGAGCUUAUGUAUUAAGACAAAGACCAUUAUACUACAACUGUUACCUGUUAGCACCUGAUGGGGAAAGCUUGUGUACCUGUGAUGUCAAAAAAGCAGAGUGGUAUAUAGAAAAGGGUUUAGCAGACAAGGUAAAUGAUGACCCAUUCACAGUACAAUUAAGAUUUGAACCAGCUGGUCGUCCGACAUCUAAAGAUGAUUAUUAUUUACAAGAGAAAGAAAACAUUUGUGUAGUUUGUGGUUCAAAAGAUUCCUAUGUUCGGAAACAAGUAGUUCCUAAAGAAUACAGAAGAUAUUUUCCUCCAUCACUGAAGGACCAUGCCUCCCAUGACAUACUGUUACUAUGUAUGUCAUGUCAUGUUAGGAGCACACAGUAUGAUACAACUCUCAGGUACCAGUUAGCAGAAGAGUGUAAUGCACCAAUAGAUAUGGGAUCUGGAACAAAACAAUUAAGUGACCAUGACUUGCAAAAAGUUAGAUCAGCUGCAAGAGCAUUGUUAAAUCCAAAAGCUAAAAUUCCUGAAUCUAGAAAGAUGGAAUUAAAGAAGACAUUAGAAGAUUUUUAUGGAAUAUUAGAUUUCUCACCCGAAAUACUUGCACAGGCAGCAGAAAUUGAAUACAGGGUUGACAAUAGAGAUUAUAUUCCUCAUGGCAAGCUGGUUGUCAGAAGUAUAAAGAAGAGUGAAGGUUUAUACCAAUUUCAAAAAAGAUGGCGACAGCAUUUUGUUAAUACAAUGAAACCACAGUAUCUGCCAACAAAUUGGUCUAUUGACCACAAACAUGAACGAUUGGAAACAUUUACUGAUUUUGUUUUAUAAAACUAGUACCAUCUUGCUACAAUAGUCAGAUGAGACGAAAAUAAGCAAAAGGCUGUGAUACCUUUUUGUAUUGUAAUAAAAUUUAUGGUUUUGUAGAUACCACUAUGUCUAAACUACCACGGCAAAAAAUGUGUGUACUAUAACUAUUUUCAAUUGUGAGAUGUAAUAUUUUCUACAUCCAUUCUAGAUUAACGGAGAAAUAAAUAAAAAGGCACCUCAAAAAUGAUGAUUUGAGUGAACCCUGCCUUGAAUAUGUUUAUUUUCUCGUUAAAUAGUGCACAUUAUACGGAAACAAAAGUACGGAAAGAAAGAUAUUAACAUGGAGAUUACAAGACUAGUCACUUUUAGCAUCUUGACAUUUGUAUUAAUGUGCAUGGAACGAAAGAAAUGGUUCUUGUCAAAAUUGAAGGACCCGGUUUCGUCCUAAAAAUUCACAAAGCAGUCCCGGUUUUCUCAUAGAAAAUAAUGCAUAAUCGUAUAUUGUAAAUUAAAACCAGUCAUUCAAAAGGAGUUUGAUGGCCCUUAGGAAAACGGUUUUUGCAGAGGACAAAUUAUCAUUUAUUUGAAUUCCUGCUUUAUUGGUAAAAAAAAAUAUUUAAUUUUGCUUUGUAUAAAAACAAAUACUUUAACGGCGAAAUACAAAGAAAUGAAGGUUGUAACGCAAUUUCCGGUUUAAGCUCUCGAUAUGUUUUUUUAUAUGAAUUAUUUGAAAUUAAAUGUUCAAACUUG